ACAAGAAAAGUGUCGACUCUCCCAAACCUGCGGCUGAACCUGACCAACAGUCCCGAGGAUCCAAAUGUAGAGGAUAUCGUCAACACGGACUACGCAUUUGUGGAAUUCACCAAACACCUUGACCGAGAUACUGCCAGUGGUUUUCUGUCUGUUCUGGAACACAUGCUUGACACACCGGUACCCUUUGAUCCAGCAGAGGACUUUGAGAACCGAGUGACAUUUUUUGUCAAUGAAAAACUGACUCAUAUGAACGCAUCAACUGUUGCCCGACUUGUUGAAGAGCGAAAGUCAGAGUUAGAGAAGUCGACAGGUGUGAAGAUUGUUCGGGCAGGAAUUGGAUACAGGAACCAAGUUGAGGUCAAGCCACCAGAUGACCGGUACUUUGUGUUGACCUUUGUCCUUUGUGGCUGUAUUGCUGGUAUAUUACUGGCUGUGGUAGUCAUUUAUCUGAUCCGUCGCUACAGCAAGUCUAAGGAGAAGCUAGCUCAGCUGUCCGCCAAUGGAGAUAAUACAGAGGCAUCAAAGGACUACCAGGAUCUGUGUCGCCAGCGUAUGCAAGGCAAGUCGUCGGAGAAACCAGAGCCUCUCCAUGCCGCAUCACGUAUCGGAAGUGUAUCCGAAUCCCAAGUCAGGAGCCCGUCGAGUAGGAGCAGCACAUCGUCAUGGAGUGAGGAACCGGUCAGUUCCAACAUGGACAUCUCCACUGGACAUAUCGUGCUGUCCUACAUGGAGGAUCACCUGAAGAACAACGAUCGUUUGGAUAGAGAAUGGGAAGGCUUAGGAGCCUACGAGGCUGACCCCAACAGUACCAAGGUCGCUAGCGAUCCAUCCAACCUUCGCAAGAACCGCUACAGUGAUGUCCUCCCCUAUGAUCAUUCCCGUGUGAUUCUGUCCAACACAAGUAACGUGUCUGGCUCGGACUACAUCAACGCCAGCAGUAUCACGGACCAUGACCCACGUAACCCCGCCUACAUCGCUACCCAGGGGCCUCUGCCUCAUACUAUCGCCGACUUCUGGCAGAUGGUUUGGGAACAAGGAAGUGUUGUGAUUGUCAUGCUGUCGAAGAUGACAGAAAACGGGGAGUCAAUGUGUCACCGGUACUGGCCUGAGGAAGGCAGCGACCUCUAUCACAUAUACGAGGUGCACCUUGUCUCCGAGCACAUCUGGUGUGACGACUACCUUGUACGAAGUUUCUACCUGAAGAAUCUGCAGACUAAUGAGACUCGUACAGUGACGAUGUUCCACUAUCUGACCUGGCCUGACCUAGGAGUGCCGUCCUCCAUCAAAGCCCUGCUGGACUUCAGAAGGAAGGUGAACAAGUCGUACCGCGGACGCUCCUGCCCAAUCGUAGUACACUGCAGUGAUGGGUGUGGCCGUACUGGAACUUACUGCCUAGUUGAUAUGGUACUCAACAGGAUGUCCAAAGGAGCGAAGGAGAUUGACAUUGCAGCCACGUUAGAACAUAUCCGGGACCAGAGGAUGUGCACGGUGAAAACAAAAGAGCAGUUCCAGUUUGCUCUAGCCGCCGUUGCCGAGGAAGUCCACGCCAUCUUAAAAGCGUUGCCACAGUGAAACAUUCCUUGGCGGCUGAUUGGAUAAUAAAUUAUAUUUAAGUUCCUGUCAACAGAUUUCAAUGAAGAGUUUUAUGAAAAAUUCUUAUGUUAUGUUUUAAUGAAGAAAACACUAAUCUGACAUGGACUAUGUUCAGUCACGUUCCAAGAAUUGGACAACGCUCAUAGGUCCUUGUCACGCUGUAUUUAAUUUCAACAGUGCAUGGUGAAGCAUAAAGACUGUAUGGUUGUUCAUGAUGUGAUUAUAUUUAAACACUGUUGUCAGUCAUAUAUAGUUAUUUUCUUCUGUCCAUAGCAUUUUUUAUGUGAGUCUGUAGACUUAUUCUUUUAUUGUUUGAAUAUGUAUUAAACUACCAUAAACUUGAAUAUAUAGUGCGCAGGUACGUUUUUUAAGUUUCAUUUUCAGAAGAAAAAAAUGAAAAAAAUUUGAAUUUUUUUUUCUUUUUUUAACUGAAACUGCAUGGUGACUGAAUACUCCAGCAUAACACUAUGAAAAUGUAAAAUUUAUCAAAGCUGCAUUACAAGUAUUCAAAGUUUUACAUGAUCAAAGUAUCCCUAUCUUUUUUCUAAAGGAUUAUGGAAUAAAAAUUCGUUUACCUUUUUAUGUUUCUCUAAAAAGGAAAAAAAUUCAAAAAGAAUUAUGAACAAAGGGAUUUGAAGGUAUGGAAAUAUUGCUGGACAUGAGUUUGAUAUUUAUCUACAUAAUGCAUUAAUAUUGAUCAAUUUUUAAAUUCAAAUGACUUUUAGUAAUUUACAGUGUAUUUAAAGCAGUUUUUGUAAUUUAUUAUUUUAAUAUGAUAUAAUAUUCUUCAUUUUAUACCAUUUUGUUUUACUUUGGGUUUUUUAAUUGUGCAGAAAUUUAACUUCUUAAAUUUAACACCUGUGUUCAGAUUAUGAAUUAUUACAAUACAAUAGUAAGUAGGACUGUCCAGGUACAGAAAUUGCUCGUUACAGUCGUUAAUUGACAAUAAAAACAAUAUUUGUUGAUGGCUUUAAUAGUAAUCUUAUGUUUUAACAACUUCAUCAAUGCAAUGACAUUUCAUUAGAAACUAUUGAAUUAGAAUAUUUAGAUAUAUAUUUCUUUAAAAUCAAAAUGAAGAGUUACUGUUGGUGGACUAGAUUCCGAUUGUUAGGGCAAGUAAUGAAUGAAUCUUCAAAAUUUUGAAAAUUAUGGAAAUCAGGUUUGUGUGAUUUUUCAAGGACAAUCUUGAUUUAUAUUAUAACUGAUUAAGCAAGUCUGUUAAAUUAUAAACAAUACUAAAUAAGUAACUAAUCUACUUUGACAACAGGUUGUCCUUGAAAUUUAUUCAGCCAAAUAUUUGUGAAAGAACAAACAUUUUAUGAAUACAGUCCUAGAUUAAUAGCCCAUUACACAGUUGUUUUUCACAAAAACUAGAAGUCUGUGAUCAUUAUGUGUCGUCAUGGUAACAAAAACAGAGAGAUGGGGCCUUUGUACAAUUUUGAGUUUGUUGAUACAACAUGUAAAUUCUGAUCUGUGAUUUUUACUGAAUGGUUACCUUGACGACCACUGUGAUCAUAGACACUUGUGAUCUGCAAUAUGUGCCAAACGUUUAUGGGAUUAUGAUCGAGUCGGAGUAUGUGUCGGGAGUGCUUUAUUCUUCCGUGUUGUUGGAACUUUUUAAAUAUAUUUUACAAUAUCUGAUGUCACAAAUUUAUAAAUCACUUUGUUGGUUACUGUUGAAUCCAUGAUAAUUAUUGAAAAUAAGAAUCUGCGGGAUAAAAUUUGAUAAAAAGACGAAUUGUCCAUUGAAGUCCAGAUUUCACCUGGCGACUAUUCUUCGCUCCCCCACCGUUGUACGUGUGCAAUACUCAAAUGGACCAGAACAGUUGUUUUUUGUCUUCUUGAGGCAAUUUAACACUCAACCACAAGGAAUGUUCAUGAAAUCAUAUUUUUACAUGUACUUGUUGACAUUUUUACUUGCUAAAUCAAAAGAUGAAGAUUAUCAGACAACAGGAUAUGUAAGUCUACUACACUCCCCGCCAUCAUUUUAAUAAUAGGUAUGACAGGUUUAUCUCGGGGUGUCACUGAAAUUUUUUUUUUACAAAUUUCCAAAGAAUCUUAAAAUUGAAUCUCCUGUUUUAUGUUGGGCGGAGUCCCACCGCGUGUCGAGUCUCUUGUUACGUUAGAUAUUCUCUCUAUAAUUGCUUGUUAUAGUUAGGUCAGGCCUAUUGUACAUAACCCUGAAGACAAAAUAUUUCGCUGACUGACGGUGUCGUGAUAAUUUGUUAUCGGUUUUGUUAUGUUUUAAUAAUUCUAUCUAUUAUCCCAUUGUUUUCAUUGUGAAUGUUUCAAUUUUCAAAGAUUGCCCAGUAAACAAAACAAAAAACAUUAAGACUUAUUGAAAAUUUGAAAAUUUGAUUUGUAAUUUGAUCCAAAGGGAUAUGUGACAAAUUUCCAAAGAUAUUUUCGUAAAAAAACACUGUUAAGUUGUGUGCACUUUUAUCUGAUAAAAAUUAUAUAUGUGACCCGGCCAACAUGAAAUUAAAUAGUCUUGGAAAUAAAUGUGACUUUGGUGAAAUUAUCAAUUUUGUCAAAUAUUAACAGGCAUUAAUUGUAUAGUAAGAUCUCAAAAUUUUGUUUCCUUUUCUCUUGACAGAGAGUCAAGUUAUUAAUAUAAGUUAUCGAGAUAUUGAUUUCGAAAGCAUACUUUUACACAUUUGUUUAAUUUAAAUGUGAUGUAAAGUCAGUUUGAUCAAACCAAGCAUUUCAUUUUCACAAUGUUACUGUAAUUUAGUAUAAAAUUUGGCCAGAUAUCAUGUAUUGAGUACAGAUUGUCGUAAGGAGAAAUCAAUAUUGUGUACAUUGUUUAUGUUUACUUAGAGCUCAUACACUACUGUCAACAAUGUAAGAGAACGAGACAAAUUUAUAAAAAGAAAAUUAAUGUUGAUUAUUAAAGUUUUCUAUCAGUGAAAAUUAGAUCAAAAAAUGAAAAUGGAACAAUGACUUUUUUAUUGAAUUUUAAUAUUAAAUUUUGUAUUAUAAUUUACAUCUGCUGAUUAAAAUUUGGAUUUUAAAUCUAAAAUGUUUCAAAAUUAAUAUUUCUCUCCUUUAUAUUACAUUUUAAGGAUUUUUCAUGUAUAACUCAAUUUUUCUGUCCAUUACUAGAUGUUUAUACAUAGUUUGCUAUAUAUACAAAGUGUAAUAUGUUGUAAUGUUUUCAGCAUUUGUUAUUAUUAUAAAUUAUAUUAUUGUAUAUCAAAAUUUAUCUGAAAAUUAAAACAGAGAUAUAUAUAUAUAUUUUUCUUCAAAAGAUAUGUUUGGGUCCAACUGGUUUCUCUGAAAUUUCGUGUCUAGUCUGUUAAGUGAUAAAUGUGUCCCUUCUGUCAUUAAAAUGUUACUGCAAUUCUAAAA